UCUCUCUCUCUUUCUCUCCGGACUCACUCUCCAAAGCUUGGAGAUCUGAUCUGCUCUCCGCAAGCUCUCUGCAGAUUCGAAUUCGAGAUCCAGUAAUGUACAACAAUCCGACCGCACAGCCUGGUGGGGUGCCCAUACCUCCAACAAAUCCUCAGCCCACACCAUUUGGCAAUGCUUUUUAUGGUGCUGGUUCAGGUCUUAUCCGCGGUGGGCUUGGUGCUUAUGGAGAAAAAAUUUUAGGAUCUAGCUCUGAGUACGUGCAAAGUAAUAUUAGCAGGUAUUUUUCUGAUCCGCAGUACUAUUUCCAAGUGAAUGACCAAUACGUGAGGAACAAGUUGAAGGUGGUUUUGUUUCCAUUCCUCCAUAGGGGGCACUGGACACGAAUUACGGAGCCAGUGGGAGGCAGGCUGUCAUAUAAGCCCCCAAUAUAUGAUAUUAAUGCUCCAGAUUUGUACAUUCCGCUUAUGGCAUUUGGUACUUACGUUGUACUUUCUGGCCUGCUGUUGGGUCUUCAGGGGAAGUUCAGCCCUGAAGCCUUGAACUGGCUGUUUGUCAAAGGAUCGCUUGGCUGGUGUAUGCAAGUAGCACUGCUAAAAUUAACAUUACUGUCAUUGGGUAGUGGGGAGGCACCAUUGCUGGACAUUGUGGCAUAUGCUGGUUAUACUUUCACAGGAUUGUGCUUGGCAGUUCUUGGGAAGAUUGUGUUGAGAUACAUGUACUUUGUGCUGAUGCCGUGGACCUGCUUGUGCAUGGGGAUCUUUCUGGUGAAGACCAUGAAGCGAGUGCUGUUUGCGGAGGUGAGGAGUUAUGAUUCGAGCAGGCACCACUAUCUGUUGCUCUUUAUCGCCCUUGCUCAGUUUCCACUCUUCAUGUGGCUUGGCAAUAUCAGUGUCAACUGGCUUUUCUAAUUGAUGAAUCUUCUAGUGUCAUUUUCCGAAGCAAUGUCGAAAAGAUCUAGCAAAUUACAAAGGGUUAUAUAGGCUGGUAAUCUAGCUGUUGCUUCAAUUCUUUUGGUUACCAAA